AUGGCUGGCGCCGAAAGCGAAAACGACGACUUCAAGUUCGUUAUGACUUGCCUGAAGCACACGGUAGAGAAGCCCAAGCCGAACUACGACGAGGUCGCUAAAGAGCUUGGUGCAAAGAAUGCGACUGCCUGCUACAAACGUCAUUGGAGUAUCCUCAAAAAGUGGGGUCUAGCUGGUAACAGUGGAAAGGGUCGCAAGCCUGCCGGAGAAACCACCACGAAGACAACCACUGCCCAAAAGCGCAAAGCCAACAACGAUGACAGCGGCGGGGACGAUAAACCCCCGGCCAAGAAGGGCAAAGCAGCUCCGAAGAAGAAGACAAAACUUCCGAAGGUGCAGGAAGAGGAAGCUGAAGAAGCUGCCGGCGAAGGAGAUGAUGAGGUUAAGGAGGCAAAGCCAGAAGAAGACGAAGAUUGA